CGCUUUAUGUCGAGGAGCUUCGACGGGCUAGAUGCUUAACAGACUUGAUGGCACGAAACUUAUCCGUUGAAAAUCACAUCUCUGCUGAUCCAAAGUCCUGGUCUGGGAUGCAAGAGAUUGUGAACAAAGAACGUAACUCUGUGUUCCUCUACAUUUCGUAUAGCGAUCGAAUGGUUUCUCUCUGGGUUUUGAAAGCAAAUGGUGACGCCGUGUUUCGACAAUCCGAAGAGGUCGACGACAAAACUCUUAUGGCUGAGGAUAGUUUUGAUUUGAAUAGUUAUUUCAACAAAAGCAUCCGCGGCUUUGGCGUUUUACCCACACAGAAGUGCGAGGAUCAGUCUUUUAACGAAACCAUGCCGAUAUUAAAUGAAAGCGAAGCAGAUUUGAGAGGCGAUCAAGCCAAAGACACUGAAACAAUGCUUUUUGCAUGUUCCAAACUGAUCAUCGCUCCAGUGGCCGAACUACUCACCGAGCCAGAAAUCAUCAUUGUUCCCGAACGUAGCUUGUACCGAGUCCCAUUUGCAGCCUUACGCGACCAACCAGGCGGAAAGUCUUUAUCAGAGACCUUUAGGCUCCGCAUCGUCCCUUCUUUGUCGACUUUAAGGCUCUUUCAGGACUGCCCAGCGGACUACCUCAAUCAGACUGGCGCAAUGGUUGUGGGAAAUCCCAAGGUGGGCAGGGCGCGUUACAGGGGAGAAAUCCAUCACUUUAAACCACUGGCCUGUGCGGAAAAGGAAGCAGAGAUGAUCGGUCAACUGCUGGGUGUUCAGCCAUUGUUAGGAGAGCGUGCGACAAGAGAGGCGGUACUUCAAGAAAUUAGUUCAGUGAGUCUGAUUCAUAUUGCUGCACAUGGUAAUGCCGACAGAGGCGAGAUUGCCCUUUCCCCUAGCCCUGUUACAAGUAAUAUCCCAGAAGAAGAAGACUACCUUUUAAGGAUCUCUGAUAUUUCACAAGUUAAACUAAGAGCCAAGCUUGUAGUGCUCAGCUGCUGUCACAGUGGGCGUGGAGAGAUCAAAGUCGAGGGAGUCAUUGGAAUCGCUCGCGCGUUUUUGGCAUCCGGUGCACGUUCAGUGCUGGUGACACUGUGGGCCAUAGAGGACGAAGCAACUGAGCAGUUCAUGAGACGUUUCUACAGACAGCUAGUGGACGGAUUUAGUGCCAGUGAAUGUCUUCGCCAGGCCAUGAAGUGGCUGAGGAAUAUCGGCUAUACCAAAGUUUCCCAGUGGGCUCCGUUCAUGCUGAUUGGAGACAACGUGACAUUUAACUUUAAGGAAGAAAGGAAGGACGAAUUGGAAAAGGAAGGAAGAAUGAAGCCUAAAGGGAACAUUUAGCAGAGCUUUUGGUUAAUUCUUUUGCUGAUCAUGAACGGUUUAACAUUUGUAUAUAACGUACGAUUAGUCUCUAAAAUUGAAUUUCAAGAGGAAUUAGAAUUUUUCUUCUCAUAAAAUGCUUCUCCCAAGACAGUAGUUAAGCAGUUAGCCUGCAGUGGUUACAUA